UCCUCCUUUUCCUGCAAAACCCUAAAUUUACAUUUCUUCGAAGUAUUUCUGAAAUCACAACAAGAAUUUGUGCUUCUAAUUCCUUGUAAUUCUGGGAAGUUGUUUACAAUUUUUUUUACUGAAAUUCAGUUUCUUGCCAUUGAAGCUCUGUGCUUUCUCUACAAUGGUGGAGACAAACCUCAGAGCUGGAGGAGUUGCAGCGCUGGGUUCUCUAGCUUUCAGCAUUUAAAGACGAGUUUUGGUUUCUAGAGUUCCAAAUUUUCCUUGAAAAGUUGGAAUUUUCUAGCUCAGUUUCACAGAAAAUCUUCUGGAUUCUUGUGUUGUAUUUCAAUCAGCUUUUUUUGUCCUUAGAGAUCACAUUUUCUAGGUAUUCUUGCUUCCUAAAGCUGAUGGCUUUAAUGUGUAGGUUCUAAAUUUGUAAGAGUUUGUAGGGUUUAAGCUUACUAGGGUAUUGUUGUCUGAAAGUUACAUACAAAUAUGGAGGAGAAAGACAACUUGGUUUCUGGGGUAGCAGUGAGCGGUGAAGAAGCUCCAGAUACCUACAGAAUUGCCCCGAGAAAUGAAAACCCCAGCCCAUCUGAGGGUCCCACAAUGGCAGCAGCUGCAACGGCCUCGCCGAUGAGCUUGGCCGUGACCGGUACGGAAGUGAAGAAGAAGAGGGGCAGGCCUAGGAAGUACGGACCUGACAAGACCGUCUCGUCGGCAUUGUCGCCGAUGCCGAUUUCGUCUUCGAUUCCGCUCACCGGAGAGUUCUCGGCCUGGAAAAGGGGCAGAGGGCGGCCCGUUGACUCAGUCAAGAAGUCUCACAAGUAUGACGUUUUUGAGAGCUCAGGUGAGAAGAUUGCAUACUCUGUUGGUGCAAACUUUACACCUCAUGUCCUCACUGUCCAUGCUGGCGAGGAUGUUACGAUGAAGAUCAUGUCAUUCUCUCAACAAGGGUCUCGAGCUAUUUGCAUACUUUCUGCAAAUGGUACCAUUUCAAAUGUUACACUUCGGCAGCCCAGUUCUUCUGGGGGUACUUUAACAUAUGAGGGCCGUUUUGAGAUACUUUCCUUGUCUGGAUCAUAUAUUGCAAUUGAGAACGCAGGAACAAAGAGCAGAUCUGGUGGCAUGAGUGUCGCUUUGGCAGGUCCAGACGGUAGAGUGGUUGGGGGAGGGCUUGCUGGUAUGUUGAUAGCUGCUGGCCCUGUGCAGGUUGUGGUGGGGAGUUUUCUACCAGGUCACCAGCAGGAACAGAAGCCCAAGAAACAGAGACUCGAGCCUGUAUCAUCGUCGAUUGUCCCUAUUGUUGUCAAUGCCGUGUCUGGUGAAGAAAUGAAGGUCUGUGGUGGAGUAAAGCCCAUUCUGACUUCUCCUUCCUUCCAUGGAAACAAUUCAACUUCUGUAAACCCCAUGCACAGCUUUAAGAACUCAGCUCCUGAGAGUAAAUCGUUGUCGGAAGAGGAAUCUAAAGGCCCUGGUCAACCAAACUGUGAAGUUUCUUAUUGAUCAUGUUUGCUCCCUGUGUGAUGGUUGUAUCUUAAUUAUUUUCUCCAGAAUCAGUGACAUCUAGGCUCACUCAACCUUGUCUGACACCAAUAUGCAGACUCAUUGGCUCUUUUGUGAAGGACAAACUAGGCUUAACGUACCUCAUGUUGGUUAUAACCCAGGAUUGUAGUCGUUCUUAUUAGGUUUUAGGUCGGUCUCUCGAGCACGAAGCUUAUCGUGUGGCUGUUGUAUUCAUGUAUUUCUAGUGUUCUAUGGUGUAGCAUUUUUAGAUGUAUGAAACAUGAUUAGUGAUUUGUCCCAUAAACUUCUUAGUAUCUGAAAGUUGGAAUUUGAGUGAA